UUCACCAGGAGCAGAUCCUCAGAUCCACGUGUACCUGACGCUUUAAAGCUCCAGUAAAACUGUGCGAAGAUGAUUCUGCACGAGCGCAUUACAGAGAGAGACGUGAGAUAGUUGAGUGACGGAUGUGCCAAUCACGAGAGAGACGCACGUUUACAGAUGGGACUCUCAGCCAAUCAGAGCAGACCUGCUCUUUAUAGUGGGCUGGUUCUCUCUGACAGAGUUUGGAUAAUGUUAAACACAGCUGUUUUUUUUUAUAUCGAGUCCAGGACUCAUGGCAGAAGCAGGAACGUUGAAGUACUUUUAAUGCUAAAUGUAUUCGUGGACUUUGGUUUCAUCUCUUUUUUGAGUGGUGAGGAUUGUAAUUGUUUUUUUUUUUGUUUGUUUUUUCCACCGCGGUGUGUGAUGAAGUCACGUCUAGACUCAUGUUAUAAUGGUAUUUCCAGCAGCAGCGGCUUGUUUAGGCCACACGCGCUUUGUUUUUAAACUUUAACCCGGGCACAGCACGGUUCCUGCAGGGAGGCGCAGACCUGGUGGCUCGGCUCCUGCUGGAGGCUCCGUCCGUCCGUGCGUGCGUGCGUGCGUAAGUUCUGGGAAACCAUGAGGACGGAGGAGCAGCUCGACAGGAAGGGGUUGUUGUGCAGCAGAGCGGGGCGGCUCCGACCUAAAAUGUCUCUGUGUAAUUGACAGUUUUCAUCUUUCUGGAACUGUGUGUGCGCGCGAGAGAGAGGGUAGAGCUGCGUCUGCGCCUCCGUUGGGAAGCUGCGGUCCGACCGGCGGAGGAGGACACGGUGGAGGAGCUCCUGACUUCCGCGCUGAGGGAGAAAAACAAACAAACUCCACAGCAGAAGCAGAGUUUGUGAGGUUUCGUCGCGGACAGGCCUCCUGUUUGUCCGCCAGCAGAGGAAACGACGGCCGCGUCGCUGUGUGUGAACGCAAACACUGAGAAUGUGAGCAGCGACUCCAGUGAAAGUUGACAAAGAACUUGAGAGCGGCGCUGCUCACGCGCAAUUACGCACGCACACGCGUCGCCCACGCGCGCGCGCGCUCCCCUUUUGUUGUCAACUUUCCUCUCUUUUGACAUUUGUGAAAACUUCUCGGGUGGAUGUAUGAGGAUGGUGGAGAGCCGCAGCUGUGUCCAGAGGGAGGGGGUGUACCGCUGGUUCUCCUCGCUCACCUCGGCCCAGAGAGCCGAGUUCCUGUGCGGGCUGCUGGAUCUCUGCGUGCCCAUCGAGCUCCGCUUCCUCGGCUCGUGCCUGGAGGACCUGGCCCGCAAGGACUACCACUCCCUGCGGGAUGCGGAGAUCAAAGCCAACAACCCCGCCGACCUGUCGGGCCUCACCAACAUCACCGACGAGGUGGUGCGAAGCAAACUGCUCGUGUCCCUCGCCCUGCUCGGCUCGGACAACAGGGAGGCGGCGGGGGUCCUGUACCGGACCCUGACUCACACGGACACGGUGAUCAAUAACUACGGCCUGGCGCUGAACGACGGGAGAACGGAGGAGCAGUUCCUGCUGCUCUUCACCAUGGCCUCCAACCACCCGGCGUUCAGCUUCCAUCAGAAGCAGGUGCUGAGGCAGCAGCUCAGCCAGAUCCAGGACAUCCUGCAGGUGAGCAGUGGAGCGGCUCCGGCAGUGGAGCCGGGCGGGGAACGAGCGACCGCGUGUUACGCUCGGCCACAGCAGCAGCGCUAUCACCAGACCGCGUCCCUGCCACUGACCGCCGCUGCCCUCUCCGCGCCCGACACCGGCGCUGCUGCCGACCUGCCCGUGUGCGCCUGCCAACUCUGCCACACACACUGCACCUGCUGGCACAGGAGCCACAGCAGAGACUUCGGUGCAGUGUCGGGACUGGGGUCAGGGGUCACCGUGGGACGAGGAGGAGACAGUGGAGACCUCACCCCUCCUCUCCCGGACCUCACUCCACCUCCUCCUCCUCCUCCACCACCUCCUCCACCACUGCCUCCUUCUCAUCUGCCGCUCUCUGUACCUGCUGGAAAAGGCCUGGACACGUCAGCACCAGCAAAGUCUCACCAAGGGAAAGCGAGUAAAGUGAUUGACAGGGUGGUGCUGAGAGGAGUGACACACAACACUGACGACACCAGUGAAUACGUGUUUGAGGUGAGCUGGUCAGAUGGAUUCGUGCUCUCCGUGGUCCGAACUCAUGCGGAGGUGACGGAGCUGCUGUCGCAGCUGUCACAAACGUUUCCUGACGAAGUGUUGGAGAAGUUUCUUCCUCAGUCCAUCGAGCUGGACCCCAGGUGUCUGACGACGCUGCCUGUCCAUGUCCUACAGCACCACAGUGUCCAGCUCUUCUUCUCCUCCACCAGGCCUCUCUCUCCAAGCUGCUCCCCCUCCUCCUCCUCCUUCCCUCCUUUACCUUCUUCUCCUCCGACUGCUCCAGUGGCCCCAACCUGUUCGGUUUCCUCCAGCUCUAAUCUCGGCUGUAUGGUUCAGUACAGAGGAGCAAACAGGGCGGUGUAUCGUGUGGCCAGCGUCCAGCCCGUCGUCAGCACCCAAAGAUCUGUGUUGACGCGCUCCGCUCCUCACCUCUCCUCCCUGCCUCUCCCCCCUCUCCCUCCCUCCAUCCCGCCUCCUCAGCACUCCCCGCAGCUCUCCUCCCUCCCCCCCGUGGUGCCGUCCCUGCCCGGCCAGGGCUCCAUGGCAGGCGGAGGCGAUGGCAUGGCCUCACAGAUGCAUCCCCAACUCGGUCAGUUGCACUCGUUCUCUCAGCCCCAGCUGCACUCCAAACACCACUUCCUUGCCCAGAGUGGCACUCAGUCCCAGACCCUCCACCUGUCCCACCCCCAGUCACCGUCCCACUCACAUUCCCAGUCCCUGUCGUACUCCCAGUCCCGUCCCCAGCCACCGUCCCAGUCUCAGCCCAACACAGCGGAGCAGAACGGGAUCCUGGACUGGCUCCGCAAGCUACGGCUCCACAAGUAUUACCCCGUCUUCAAACAGCUCACCAUGGAGGAGUUUUUAGCUCUGACAGAGGAAGACUUGAAUAAAUACGACUUGACGCAAGGAGCGAAGAAGAAACUCAAGACCCAGCUGGAGCUUCAAAAGUCAGUAGAGUAAGCUCCAAAGAUCCUGACUCUAAAUUGACAACAUGUGUGACUGUGAGUGUGAAUCAUUCUUUGUGUGUUGGCCCUGUGAUAGACUGCUGUAAUCUGCCUCUCAUACAACAGUCAAAGAUAACAGACCUCUGACCUUUGUACCACGUCAAGUCAGCGCUCACUAAACUUGAGGAGCUCAUGUUCCAAAACUUAUCAAGAAGUUCGAGGAGCUUAUUCAUCAUCAUUUCAACAACAAUUGUGCCUUUAUGAGCUCGAGUGUAAGGUUUCCUUUACUCACCAUGUUUGUUUUCCCUUGAAUGAGGUGUCAUCUUGACUCCUGAGUCACAGCUACAGUGUGUGAGUCUCUUUGAAGAACGGGAUUACAAUGUGUCCUCUCACAUUCACUGAAACCCCUGCAACAUCUGGAGUAGAUCAUGUGGGCAGAUUCUUUUAAAGUCAGGGUACACAGUCACUCACAAACAUUUUUCUGCUUAAGCUUCAGUAAGUUCGGCACUGAUUUUAGCGGCUUAAAAAAAAAAUGCGACGGUAGAAUAAGAUUACGUUAGAUGUGUUGUCGUGCGAUUAGACAGCAUUUUCCACCUGGAAACUUAAGUUUGUAAACUCGUCACGCUCCUGUACCAAAGUUCACAGAGAAAAUCCACGUUUUUGGCACUUGACGUGCCUGAGUAAAGAGUUAAAAGAAGAAGAUGCCAGAUGUUUGUUGUUGUUGGUAUGACGUCACAUUAUAUACAGGAUGGAAACACAGCAAUUCUAAAAACCUGAACUGACCCUUAAAAAAGCAUUCUUAAAGGUUCAGUGUGAGAUAA